CCGCCGCUGUCAGUGUUGGUGCGGGCGCGUCGGGGGCCGGGCCGGGGCGCAGUAAAUGGCGGCGAAGGGAGGCGGAGCGCCGGCUCUCUUCAGCCUAGAGCCCCCGAAACUUUAGACUCAAAAUCCCACAACUUUCCGGGAAGUACUGCCGCUCCAGGGGCUUGGACGGAAGGGGAAACCGAGGCGGGAAGUCGGGGAGAAGCGGUAGGGAGCCCGGGAGACUCGAACCUGUGGCGGGGGCGGUAGCAGAGUCAGCCUGUGCCUCGCGCCGCCUUGGCCACCGCCUCCUUCCCCGCGCCCACCUCGCGGUUGCAGAGCCGGAGCCGUGCGCUUCGCUGAGCCUGGGACUGCGCGGGCCCUCGCAGGCAGCGGCGCGCUCCGUACAGUCGGGCCCCUUCCUCCCGACCUCCGGGGCCCUGUUGCUGGGGCGCACCAGGCGCGCGUGAGGCCAGGGCUGGGGUGCCCGGCAGCUUUGGGGGGCGAGGGGGAGGCCGGGCCGCGAGGCCGCGCGCAGCUCCCGCCGCCCCGUGGUCUAGGGAUCGGGCCCCGGGUGUUGCAUGCGGGGCGGGGCGGCCGUGAGCCGGAGAAGAAGAUGGAAGGCUUAACGCUGAGCGACGCAGAGCAGAAAUACUACUCGGACCUUUUCUCCUACUGCGACAUCGAGAGCACCAAGAAGGUGGCCGCCAACGGACGCGUGCUGGAGCUGUUCCGGGCCGCGCAGCUGCCCAACGACGUGGUCCUUCAGAUUAUGGAGCUUUGUGGUGCAACAAGACUUGGUUAUUUUGGAAGAAGUCAGUUUUAUAUUGCUUUGAAACUUGUAGCUGUUGCCCAGUCUGGUUUCCCGUUAAGAGUGGAAAGUAUAAAUACAGUGAAGGACCUUCCUCUGCCAAGAUUUGUAGCUUCAAAGAAUGAACAAGAAUUUCGCCAUGCAGCCUCAUACUCUUCAGAUUCUGAAAAUCAGGGAUCAUAUUCUGGUGUAAUUCCUCCACCACCUGGCAGGGGACAGGUGAAAAAGGGAUCUGUAAGCCAUGAUGCUGUCCAGCCUCGCACAUCUGCAGAGCAACAGGAACCUACAUCCCCAGUAGUUUCACCACAGCAGUCUCCGCCAGCUUCUCCACACACAUGGAGGAAGCACAACCGUCAUCCCAGUGGGGGAAAUAGUGAGAGGCCUCUUGGAGGACCUGGACCGUUUUGGUCACCAUUUGGUGAAGCACAAUCAGGUUCUUCUGCUGGUGAUGCAGUGUGGACAGGUCAUUCCCCACCUCCACCUCAAGAAAACUGGGUCAGUUUUGCAGAUACACCACCAGCCAGUACUCUUUUAGCCAUGCAUCCUGCUUCUGUCCAGGACCAGACAACAGUACGAACUGUAGCAUCAGCUACAACUGCCAAUGAAAUUCGUAGGCAAUCCAGUAGUUAUGAUGAUCCCUGGAAAAUAACAGAUGAACAAAGACAGUAUUAUGUAAAUCAGUUUAAAACCAUUCAGCCUGAUCUAAAUGGAUUUAUUCCAGGAUCCGCAGCUAAAGAGUUUUUUACAAAAUCAAAACUUCCUAUUCUUGAACUUUCUCAUAUAUGGGAACUCUCAGACUUUGAUAAAGAUGGUGCGUUGACCCUGGAUGAGUUUUGUGCUGCUUUUCAUCUGGUAGUUGCUAGGAAGAAUGGCUAUGACUUACCUGAAAAACUACCUGAAAGCUUAAUGCCCAAACUAAUUGAUUUGGAAGAUUCAGCAGAUGUUGGGGAUCAGCCAGGUGAGGUAGGUUAUUCAGGCUCCCCUGCGGAAGCGCCUCCCAGCAAGUCACCUUCAAUGCCAUCCCUGAACCAGACGUGGCCAGAGCUGAACCAGAGCAGUGAGGAUACUGCUAUUGUUCAUCCAGUUCCUAUUCGAAUGACUCCAAGCAAAAUCCACAUGCAGGAAAUGGAACUUAAAAGAACUGUCAGUGAUCAUAAUAACCCCACUAGCCCGUUACUUGUGAAACCACCUGACCUUUCAGAAGAAAAUAAAAUAAAUUCAUCAGUGAAAUUUGCUUCUGGAAAUACUGUAGCAGAUGGUUACAGUAGUUCAGACUCCUUUACUUCUGACCCGGAACAGAUUGGGAACAAUGUAACUCGUCAAAGGUCUCAUUCAGGAACGUCGCCUGACAACACUGCACCGCCACCUCCGCCUCCAAGGCCACAACCCUCUCAUUCUAGAUCCUCAUCUUUAGAUAUGAAUCGGACCUUUACAGUCACCACAGGACAGCAACAGGCUGGAGUUGUUGCCCAUCCCCCUGCAGUGCCUCCAAGACCACAGCCCUCACAGGCUCCUGGUCCCAUUGUGCAUCGCCCAGUGGAUGCCGAUGGCCUAAUAACACACACUAGUACCUCACCUCAGCAGAUACCAGAGCAACCAAAUUUUGCAGAUUUCAGCCAAUUUGAAGUAUUUGCUGCAUCAAGUGUAAAUGAAGAACAAGAUGAUGAAGCUGAAAAGCAUCCAGAGGUCUUGCCGGUUGAAAAAUGUUCUGAUCCUGCAAGUUCUCUUCGAGGUGCCAAAACAGAGAAUAAAAUUGAAGAAAAGACAGCUGCUAGUGCUCCUGCCAAUGUGAGCAAAGGCACAACACCUCUUGCUCCACCACCUAAACCUGUUCGAAGAAGAUUAAAAUCUGAGGAUGAAUUAAGGCCAGAAGUGGAUGAACAUACACAAAAGACGGGGGUUUUAGCUGCUGUUCUUGCCUCACAACCUUCUAUUCCUAGAUCUGUUGGGAAAGAUAAGAAAGCUAUUCAGGCAUCAAUUAGACGAAAUAAGGAAACAAACACAGUUUUGGCCAGAUUGAAUAGUGAAUUGCAGCAACAGUUAAAGGAUGUUCUUGAGGAGAGAAUUUCCCUGGAAGUUCAACUGGAACAACUUCGACCAUUCUCUCACCUAUAAGCCAACUGCCGUUAACUGUGAACAUACCCAUUUUUAAGCGGUUCUGGGUUCAAAGCGAAUUUGGAAGCCCAAACUUUCAGCUCACUGCUUAAUUCAACAUUAAAUUUAUGCUGUUUUGCCCUAUAUGUUCACCAUUGUAUUUAAGUGUCUUUUAUUUUUUAACUUCAACAAUAAAAGGGUCAGGAUGACUUUUUCUGGAGGGUAGAUUGUGUUUGUUGGCGCACCCGCCCUUGCUGUGCUGUAGCAUUAGGAAUACAUUGGUCCACUGUCCUCACAGGGCCUCCCACUCUGAUUUGAUUUACAGAACGGGGUCCUCAUUUACAUAUCAGUGCACACUCAAAAAAUCUUUGUGAAAGGAAAACAAAAUUGAAUAAACUAUUCAUUUGUCCUCCUUUAAUAUUUUACAUAAAGCAUCUAUAUCUCUUCUAUAAAAACCUAUAAAAAGAGUUUACUGUUUAACUUUUGAAUUGAAAGAACUAUCCUGGGUAAGGCAUUCUACCACAAAAACCAA